AUGGCUGAUAGUGAUAACCCAACUAAUAGAACCAGUAAUGGAGAUCCUUUUCUCCUUCAAGGUUUUGAUCAUCCUGGUAUGGUUCUGAUCGAUGAAGAUUGCUUUGGGAGCAAAAUGAAGCUGGGAUUUGUUAAUGGGAAGAUUCCUAUCCCUGAUGAAGAAAGUCUUGAAUUUGAAACUUGGACCAGAGUUAACUACAUGGUAACCUCCUGGAUCUUAAACUCCAUUUCUAAAGAGAUAGUUGAUGGUUUUCUCUAUACAACUACUGCAAAGGAGCUAUGGGAUGAGAUAGCAGAGCGCUAUGGAGAAAGUAAUGGGCCUCUCCUAUAUCAACUUCAAAGAGAAAUUUCCUCAGAUGAAUUUGCUUGUUUAUUGCCCUUGCCAGCUUGUUCUUGUGGUGCAUCAAAGGCUGUAUCUGAUCUGCACUCCAUGAAUAGGCUGAUGCAAUUUCUGAUGGGUUUAAAUGAUUGCUAUAAUAAUACCAAGAAUCAGAUCUUGGUCAUGGAACCUCUUCCCUCUGUUAAUCGUGCAUACUCUAUGAUGCUUAAUGUGGAAAAGCAGAAGGAGGUUCACAUCAAUUUCAAUGAGCAUAUAGAAGGAACUGGUUUGAUGGUUAAGACUCAAGGAAGUUCUCAGGAAAACCCUUUCUUUUCCAAGGUUCUUAGCAAGAAGGAUAAAGAAAAACAACAGUGUGAGCAUUGCAAACAGAAGGGUCACUUAAAGGAAUCUUGUUUCAAACUUCAUGGCUAUCCAGAUUGGUUCAAAGAGCUAAAAGACCAACAAAAGAAAGGAACACUGAAGGCUACAACUAACAUGGUUGAUAGUCCUUUAGACUAUGAUUCUGAAGGAAAGGAGGAAGGAAAGAAGAACAGGCAAGAUGACAUUGCAAGUCUGGUUCAGCAAGAAAUUCAAAGGCUGAUGAAAAGGAAAGUACUCACAGAAGGUAAUUUCAUGAAUCUUGCUAUGAUGGAUGGCUAUGCAGGACCUUCAGACUAAAACUAUACUGGCCACAGGAAAAGCUCUAGGAAGCCUCUACAUCCUGGAUACUCUUAGUUUUAAGAAUUCAAAGUGUAAUGUUUCAAAGUUAUUUUUAAAUUCUGAAAGAAACGUUCUACCUUGUACUGCAGUCAUCAAUAAAA